AUGGGGAGUGGGGAGCCUAAUCCUGCUGGCAAGAAAAAGAAGUACCUCAAGGCUGCCCUGUAUGUGGGUGACUUGGACCCAGAUGUCACCGAGGACAUGUUAUAUAAAAAGUUCAGGCCUGCUGGCCCUCUGCGCUUCACCCGAAUCUGCCGUGACCCGGUGACCCGCAGCCCCCUGGGCUAUGGCUAUGUUAACUUCCGCUUUCCUGCGGAUGCUGAGUGGGCCUUGAACACCAUGAAUUUUGAUUUGAUUAACGGCAAACCUUUCCGCCUAAUGUGGUCUCAGCCAGAUGACCGCUUAAGAAAGUCUGGAGUUGGAAAUAUAUUCAUCAAAAACCUGGACAAAUCCAUAGACAAUAGGGCCCUUUUUUAUCUGUUUUCUGCUUUUGGGAGCAUUCUCUCCUGCAAAGUCGUAUGCGAUGACAACGGCUCUAAGGGUUAUGCCUAUGUGCACUUUGACAGCCUGGCCGCUGCCAAUAGGGCCAUCUGGCACAUGAAUGGAGUGCGGCUCAACAACCGCCAGGUGUACGUUGGCCGAUUCAAAUUUCCAGAAGAGCGGGCAGCUGAAGUUAGAACUAGGGAUAGAGCGACUUUCACCAAUGUUUUCGUUAAAAACUUUGGAGAUGACAUGGAUGACGACAAACUGAAGGAACUUUUCAGUGAGUACGGGCCAACUGAGAGUGUUAAGGUAAUAAGAGAUGCCAGUGGGAAAUCGAAAGGCUUUGGAUUUGUGAGAUACGAGACACACGAGGCUGCCCAAAAGGCUGUGUUAGACCUGCAUGGAAAGUCCAUCGAUGGGAAAGUCCUCUAUGUAGGGCGAGCACAGAAGAAAAUUGAACGCCUGGCUGAGUUAAGGCGAAGAUUUGAGCGGCUGAGAUUAAAAGAAAAAAGUCGGCCUCCAGGGGUGCCUAUCUAUAUUAAGAACCUAGACGAGACCAUCGAUGAUGAAAAACUGAAGGAGGAAUUUUCUUCCUUUGGAUCAAUUAGCCGGGCCAAAGUGAUGGUGGAAGUGGGGCAAGGCAAAGGGUUUGGUGUCGUCUGCUUCUCCUCUUUUGAAGAGGCUACCAAAGCAGUAGAUGAGAUGAAUGGUCGCACAGUGGGCUCCAAGCCUCUGCAUGUCACCCUGGGCCAGGCCAGGCGCAGGUGGUGAGAAUAAGAAUGCUCAAUUUGUUUCAGCCUUAAGCUGGUGCCUACUUAGUUUGGGCUACUUUGUGAUAAGAGGUUAUUUUAUG